UCCCCGGCGCGCCCAGCCCAGCCGGCAGCGCGGAGCGGAGCGGGCCGGCCUGGGGAUUCCCUCCCCCGCCGCCGAGGUCGCCAUCUUCACCCCCGAGCUCGCCUCGGACGCUGCCGGCCGGGCUCCCGGGGAGCCGCCGGGAGCCUGCGCCGCGCCUUCCCGCUGCAUGUGACUGGCGGGCGGUAGCGGCCUCCUCCGCGGAUCUUGGCUGCGUCCUCCUCCGCCCCCGGCGCGGCGGGGAGGGGGCGCGGGGCGCCCGGCAGCGGGAGACGGCGGUGCCGGGGCGCGGCGGGCACACAAAGGAGCGGGCGCCGCCGUGGGCAGCGGAGAACGUGAGGCCCUGUGGCAUUUAACUCUGAAGCUGGAUAUGCAUUAAACUUUUUUCAUCGCUCUCUAAAAUUGGGGAUAUCUUCACUGAAUAACUUGCUGCUUAAAGAAAGUAACAGAAGUUGGGAAAUUCAGAUUCUCCACAGUUAUGUCUUUGUACUUGAAGGUGUUCAUUCAGUGUGGAUAAGCAAAUAUUUCCAGCCUUUGCUGUGACAAUCCUAUCUCAAAAUUGACACCACAAAUUAAAUCAAAGAAGUCACUGGACCUAAGAUGAUGAAUCAUGCCUGUUCAGGGGAAAAGCUAUGGGCUGCUUACCUGCUUGGUUCACGUAACGCUAGGGACCAAAGAAGCAUUCGUAAUAUUUCUCUGGUGCUGGGAUCAACCUUCUGGAAGAAGACUCUAAAAUAACUUUUUGCCUUCGAGUUCUUUGUCCUGGGACUGACUUGUCUUUGGAGAAGAGCUCAUCAGAAAAGAAGAUUUUCACAUUGGAGCCAUUAAAAAUAAACCUGUUCAAAGAACAGGCAGACUUACAAAGGUUGAGUCCUGCUUUUCAUCCGUGUUCCCACUUCAGACUGUAAACAAUGAGUGAGUUUUGGUUGUGUUUCAACUGCUGUAUUGCAGAACAGCCUCAGCCUAAAAGACGACGGCGGAUUGAUCGAAGCAUGAUUGGGGAGCCGACAAACUUUGUUCACACAGCUCAUGUAGGAUCUGGAGACCUAUUCAGUGGAAUGAAUUCAGUCAGCUCAAUUCAGAAUCAGAUGCAAUCCAAGGGAGGCUAUGGAGGUGGCUUAUCUGCAAAUGUUCAAAUGCAGCUUGUAGAUACAAAGGCAGGAUAACCUUGGGGAUAACUUUCCUGUUUAUGUGAGUUCCUGUAUCUUCUUUCCUGUGUCCUCUCUUUUGCCUUGGUGACUGCUUUCUGUGCUCCUGACAAGAGAAGUGAUGGCUCAUUGUUCACCCUUCGUGAUUAGUCCAGUGAAAAGUUGCUGUUCUGCUCUGAUGAUGCCACUUAUCAGAUUGGUCCGACUGUGCCUUUCAGUGGCAUGCACGCAUUGGCCUCUACCAGUAUCAUGGACGUAGAGCUAUUUAGGAUUGGUUGUCAGUUUUUAGUUGUUCUAAGGCACAUUAAAGAACCAAUCUUAGCUUUCCUCAUUCCUCAGAAAUACUAAUGCACAACAUUCUGUUGCUUUUUAGUCCUUUAAUCUUUUCUCCACUCAAAUAGUUUAGAAAUGAAAUGAGUUUCCACUAGUGUCUUUAAUUACCUAAUGUUGACUGAAUUUUUGAAAGGUCUGAGACCUGCAAGCACAAAUAAUUAUUUCAUACAGAAUCAACAGAGUAGAUGAACGCAUGCUUUGUGAGGUUGCUUUUUAUGGUGGCCUGCUUGGUGCUAAAAGAAAAAAAAAAAUUGCUUACUGCAGAUGUGAAAAAUUUUGCUGUGGCACCAAGUCAUGCCUAUUUCUGAAAAAGGACUUGUAACUUAGCUGCUUCAGUCAUGUCUUUAUUUUAGUUUUUAUCCAAUUGGUCUUGAAAUAAUAAAGAGAGAGCUUGCAUUCAUGAGGCAUUUGUUGUAAAUGUUCAGUAUAUUUAUUUUGAAAGAGCUGACCUUGAGACUGUAAACCAGUGUAGUACCGUAUCUAAGUGUUGUGGAAUCGCUUUAGUCUAUUUACACAGAAGAGCAACAUGUUUGGCUGCUUCUUUUUCUUUCUACAGUUUUCCUUAAUUUCAACCUGUACAGUCAUUUCUAGUAGCAGCAUGUCAGACUGCCUGCAAUAUUGGCUGAAAAGUUUAGUAGACCUUUCUAAGUAGUUGGCAGUUUCUGUGUACUAAAUAUUUAGGGCCAUGGAAGUUGCUAAGAGCGACAUAGUAAUCUGGCAGAACAGGUGCCAAUGAAAACAACAUACAGGGUGACUUUUUACUAAGUCAGUAAAAUGCCUUUUGCUCAGGUUCCAAAGCAUGUUUCUUUCACGUGUUGUGAAACUGCAAUUUAAUAUUGCACUGUUUUCAGAUUAUCUCUAUAAAUGGUCCCUUUUUUUGCUUCUUGCUGGUGGUUUUAGAGAAGUCAAUUACUUGAGGCCUGGUUACAUUAGAUUUAUAUGAGGGAAAAAGACCCAAACCAUUAAAACAAAUAAGGCAUAAGUGAUCCUAAUAAAAUCCAUUUCUAUAUGCAAAUAUGCAUGUAGACUGCUACCAUAAAUGGUUCUUUAUUCUCCUUCUAUCCUUUCCCUGAUUUCAUAUUGCCACAGCUUUCUGGUUGAUUUAAAUAUCUGUGAACCUACCUAAGCUUCUCUCUCUGUUUGUAAACAACACAUAAAAUUCACAGCUGUGGAGGUAGUUUGCCUUCCCUAGGUUGUAUUUCAGUGGUAGAUGUCACUUAUCUGGUUGAAUAGUUCAAAGUAGGUUGGAUAGUGUUCACUGAUAAAGAUGCUGAUUCCUGAUGAGAUGUUCAAUUGUCUGGAUGCAUAAGUACAUGGCGGUGCAGCGAUACAUAUAUUUUUUUUAGGGGUUAGCAUUUCCAAUGCCACUUUAACAAUGACUCUUAAAUAUACUACAAAACUAUUAUAAAAUUAUUUGAUCUUUGUUAUUGGUAAUAGCAGUUUAAAUUUUUCUUGCCAAACCUAUCUUGCACUUGCCAAAAUGUUUUCAGCUCAAUAGCCAGGAAAAAAAUUGACAUAUUUUUAUAACAGACAUACUUUUUUUGUACAUUGUGUUCAUUCUUGAAUAAAGUCAGUUCAGUGUUGGCUUGUAGAUAUUAAAAGGAAAGUAUUGACUUUGAUUCAAUAAAUGUUUUCUUUCA